AUGAAUAUCAUCUACAGGGACAUAGUCAACCGAAAGACAACCCCGACGUCGGUGGACCCAGAUACACGUUUCCAGUGUGAUUUGGAAAGGCUGGCUGUUGCCGCCAUCACGCAAACCUACCACUAUAUGAUCGAGGGAAGACUCGAGUAUGGGCGAGGUGAUCACGUUUCUCAACAUCGACUGGCGGGAACCUGA